AUGUCAUCAUCAUCCACACGGCUCAGAAUCCGUGCAAAACGCGAGCCGAAUGCUCCAGAGAAGUCAGGAACGCUCAGGAUUAUCACCUGGGCCUCAAAGGGUGGUGCGAUGUGGCCUAUAAGUAAGAGCGUUGUUCUUUAUUCUUGUACUAAAAUAUCUUAAUUAUCUCUUUUUCUUGCUGCAUUUCUGUUAGCCGAGAUCGCUGUUUGACUUUGCGUAAGCCGCUUCAAAUAUCAACUUAACAAUAAAGUAGCCUACAGUGGUACCUUGGUUCUUGAACUUAAUCCAUUCCGGGAGUCUGUUCGACUUCCGAAACCGUUCGAAAACCAAAGCGCAGCUUCCGAUUGGCUGCAGGAGCUUCCUGCACUCAAACAAAAGCUGCGUCGGAUGUCUGCCUUCCGAAAAACGUUUGCAAACUGGAACACUUACUUCUGGGUUUGGGGUGUUUUGGAGCCAUAUUGUUCUGCAACUAAGCCGUUCAGGAACCAAGGUACGACUGUAUAUAUACAGUGGUGCCUCGCAAGACGAAAUUAAUUCGUUCCGCAAGUUUUUUCUUCUUGCGAGUUUUUCGUCUUGCGAUGCACGGUUUCCCAUAGGAAUGCAUUGAAAAUCAAUUAAUGCGUUCCUAGGGAAACCGACUUCAGACCAGGUCCGGGACAGUCUGUCCCCCGACCUCUUCUGAAGGCUGGGGGGGACAAGGGCUUUUCUUCCCACCCACCCCAGCAUUUUAAAACCCCGGGACAGCGGAGGGCUUCUCCGCUGUCCGGGGCGAUCUUAAAAUGCUGGCGGGCGGCAUUUAAAAUUGCCCCGGGACAGCGGAGGACUUCUCCGCUGUCCGGGGCAAUUUAAAGCCCCUGGGAAGGCAGGCAGGGGGACAAAGACUUUGCCCCCGCCAGCCUUCAGAAGAGGUCCUGGACCUCUUCUGAAGGCUGGCGGGGGCGAAAGUCUUUGUCCCCCCCACCUGCCUUCAAAAGCUGUCCAGCCAAGGCUCGCGGACCUCUCCGCAAGCAGCGGCAGCACUGCCGCUGCUUGCGGAGAGUUGCCGGCAUGCCGAAGCCUGCGCGCGCUGAGAUCAGCGCGCCCAGGCUUCGCGGACCUCUCCGCGAGCAGCGGCAGCGCUGCCGCUGCUCGCGGAGAGUUGCCGGCAUGCCGAGCCUGCGCGCGCUGAGAUCAGCGCGCCCAGGCUUCGCGGACCUCUCCGCGAGCAGCGGCAGCGCUGCCGCUGCUCGCGGAGAGUUGCCGGCAUGCCGAGCCUGCGCGCGCUGAGAUCAGCGCGCCCAGGCUUCGCGGACCUCUCCGCGAGCAGCGGCAGCGCUGCCGCUGCUCGCGGAGAGCUGCCGGCAUGCCGAGGCCUGCGCGCGCUGAGAUCAGCGCGCCCAGGCUUCGCGGACCUCUCCGCGAGCAGCGGCAGCGCUGCCGCUGCUCGCGGAGAGCUGCCGGCAUGCCGAGCCUGCGCGCGCUGAGAUCAGCGCGCCCAGGCUCGCGGACCUCUCCGCGAGCAGCGGCAGCGCCUGCCGCUGCUCGCGGAGAGUUGCCGGCAUGCCGAGCCUGCGCGCGCUGAGAUCAGCGCGCCCAGGCUUCGCGGACCUCUCCGCGAGCAGCGGCAGCGCUGCCGCUGCUCGCGGAGAGCUGCCGGCAUGCCGAGCCUGCGCGCGCUGAGAUCAGCGCGCCCAGGCUUCGCGGACCUCUCCGCGAGCAGCGGCAGCGCUGCCGCUGCUCGCGGAGAGUUGCCGGCAUGCCGAGCCUGCGCGCGCUGAGAUCAGCGCGCCCAGGCUUCGCGGACCUCUCCGCGAGCAGCGGCAGCGCUGCCGCUGCUCGCGGAGAGUUGCCGGCAUGCCGAAGCCUGCGCGCGCUGAGAUCAGCGCGCCCAGGCUUCGCGGACCUCUCCGCGAGCAGCGGCAGCGCUGCCGCUGCUCGCGGAGAGUUGCCGGCAUGCCGAAGCCUGCGCGCGCGGAGAUCAGCGCGCCCAGGCUCGCGGACCUCUCCGCGAGCAGCGGCAGCGCUGCCGCUGCUCGCGGAGAGUUGCCGGCAUGCCGAGCCUGCGCGCGCUGAGAUCAGCGCGCCCAGGCUCCGCGGACCUCUCCGCGAGCAGCGGCAGCGCUGCCGCUGCUCGCGGAGAGUUGCCGGCAUGCCGGGCCUGCGCGCGCUGAGAUCAGCGCGCCCAGGCUCCGCGGACCUCUCCGCGAGCAGCGGCAGCGCUGCCGCUGCUCGCGGAGAGCUGCCGGCAUGCCGAGCCUGCGCGCGCUGAGAUCAGCGCGCCCAGGCUUCGCGGACCUCUCCGCAAGCAGCGGCAGCGCUGCCGCUGCUCGCGGAGAGUUGCCGGCAUGCCGAAGCCUGCGCGCGCUGAGAUCAGCGCGCCCAGGCUUCGCGGACCUCUCCUGCCUUCAAAAGCCGUCCGGGAUAGCGGGAAGCGCUUCCCUGCUAUCCCGGACUGCUUUUAAAAUGCUGGCGGUGGGGAGCAAAGCCUUCGGCCCCGCCAGCCUUCCUGGACCUCUUCUGAAGGCCGGAGGGGGAAGGCUUUGCUCCCCACCGCUAGCAUUUAAAAGAGGUCCCCGGAGAUUUCCUAUGGGCUUCGCCUUGCGAGCAAGCCCAUAGGAAAUUGCUUAUGCGAGCGCCUCCAAAACGGAAAACCCUUUCGUCUAGCGGGUUUUCCGUCUUGCGAGGCGUUCGUCUUGCGGGGCACCACUGUACAUAUGUAUAUACUGCCUGAAUGGGUUUCCCUGUACAGUGGUACCUCGGGUUAAGUACUUAAUUCGUUCCGGAGGUCCGUUCUGAACCUGAAACUGUUCUUAACCUGAAGCACCACUUUAGCUAAUGGGGCCUCCUGCUGCUGCCGCGCCGCCGGAGCACGAUUUCUGUUCUCAUCCUGAAGCAAAGUUCUGAACCCGAAGUACUAUUUCUGGGUUAGUGGAGUCUGUAACCUGAAGCGUAUGUAACCUGAAGCGUAUGUAACCUGAGGUAGCACUGAAGCUCAAACAUAAAGCAAAGAGGCAGGUCUUUGUCCCAUGGCGCUUACUGCUCCAGAGCUGGGUUGGAUAGGCUCAGAAUAAUCUGAACCCCUUUUGCAAACAACAGAGGAACUGAGGCAAUAAAAUAAAUUCAGGUAUUGUGAGCCCAACCUGUCAAUUAGUAAUUCAGCUGAGUUUGCGAUGAGCCCUCAUUACACUGGAACUUGGGGAUAUUCCAGUGGAAUUGAAUGUUGCAAGAUACACGACAAACAAAAGAAAGGACAUCUUCACACAGCACAUCAUUGUAAACCAUUAACUCUGUUUUUUAUUUAAAAAGUGACUGAGAAAGGUGUUGGAUUCUAGAAUAAUGCACCAAGUCAAUAACUGUUAAAAAGAGCUUCAAGUCUUACUACAAUCACACUUAAUUCAUAUUGCUGUGAAUCUGUGUUGUUUGUUUUUCCAUAUAGGAAAUUGCUGCUGUAUUUUUGCUUUUAGACUAGAAUUUUGCAUGUAUUGAAGAACCUAGACGACUUUAAGCACGGUCCAUUUUGCUUGUUUUAUAACACAUGUGUAGCAAUGAUAUAUGCAUGUGUUGUUUACUUUUUCUGCUGUAAGUCUAUUUCAGUUGCUUUUGGUAAAAAAAAAAAAAAAGCAACUAAUACAUUUUAACAACAACAAAUCGUUAAAUGAUCGCACUAACUCCCACAAGGGGCUGUGAAGGUCACUGUCUUGUAUGGCUUUAAAAAGAUUAGUCACUUUGAGGCCUCAUUUGGAUGAGGUAUUUGCAUCUGUCUAGCAAACAAAACAAGAGGUGUAAAGGGGAAAAGUGAGAAAAGUGAGAAAAGAAGGGCGCACUCAAUCUCUCACUCACUUCCUUUUUUUUUUAAAUGAUAUUUAUUGAAUUUUUUUUUUUAAAUUACAAAAGAGAACAAAGCAGAAAAAGAGAAAGAAAAAACAAACCACAUCAAGCAAUACAAAUUCAAAAAACAAAAAUACACCACAAACAUUUAAAAACAAAUCCAUCAUUCUCAAAUCCUCAACUGUCAUUACCUUCUUUCUUUGACCUCCUCCUCCUCCCUUUUUUUGUAUCCUAGUUGUUAAUUGUCGCAGCAAAUCCUUUCCAUAUUUCAUGAUAUUCUGUCAUUACAUUACCUUAAUCUAUUUUAAUCUUAUCUUACUAUAAAAAACCUUAAAACUUAAAACUUAAAUCUUAUUUUUACCAACUUCUCAUAACCAUAAUAUUCUUACAUAAUUCUUUAAACAUUUUUACUAAAGCCAAGUAAUUUCAUUCCAACAUUUUUCUAACAUUCAUCAAUUUUAUAAAACAAUCCUAGUAGUAAAAAAAAAUAAAAACAAUCCAAUCUUCAUCCAGCGUCCCUUCCUCCUGGUCCCGGGUUUUGUCAGUCCUUAUUAUCCCAUCGAUCUAGCGCAUUAACCUGGUAACCUUGUAUCCAAGGCCCUUAAGUCUCUUCCAUGUCCCUUCCGCGGCUCUUCUUCAUAUUUAUAACUGUAUUUUCCUUUGUCUCCUGCUCCUUUCACUCGUGGGAACUCCAGCUUAACAAUGUUUUUGACUCUUCUCGACAAAUCAGCCCCUUUUCCAUAGUCCACACUAAACUCCAUGUGGUAUUUAAGAACAUGUUUCAAAAUCCCUCCAAAAUUAAGAGCCCCCACAACCCCAAACAUCUCACGGCCCAUUGCCAGACUUGAAAAGUCCAAACAUCCCUGCAUAGGGGGGUCUAUCCAGCCCCCCAUUUCCAAACCAAACCAAACUUUAUCUUUCCAAAUCUGGCUUUUUCCAAGUUCAUUUGUCAAAUCCAAAGCUCAUGUUCCUGCUGGGCCACAGCUCCCUCCAUCUCUGGCGCCCAAGAUUCAGCAACAUCCUCUUCCCUCAUCUGUUCUGUCAGGGCACACUCCUGAUUUAAUUCCUGGGUGGGCGCCAUAUAAUUUCCCACUGCCUGUUCAAAAUUUCUGAUCGAAUCAGUCAUCAAAUCCGUCUUCUCAUGUAGCUGUUCCAGUAGGGCAUUUGUUUUACAGAAAGCACACAACAGAGCUUCUGAAUACAUUGUCCUGCAAGGUCAGAAGUCUAUUCCCACGAUUGUAAUCUGUAACAGCUGCAAGCUCACUGGAGUUGGUUACAGUUUCACAGUCUCCCUCUAGGGGGAAAAUUUCUAUUUGUUCUUUCUUUUAAAGAUAAGUCUAACAACAAAGUUUCCUUUUUCAGAUAUUUUGUCAAUAUUUGUUCCUUUAAAAAGCGAAGGGGGAUAAUGGAAUCAAUGUUUCUCUUCUUAUAGCUAUCUGUCAGAAACGUUUGUCUCUGGUCAAUGAGCUUCAAAAAACGUCAGUCCUGACACCCCGCUCCAGGAUCAGGACAGUGGAAAGUUACUUUACUUUACACUCACUUCUGCAGGUUUAAACAGUCCGAAAAAAUCCCCCCUCUUCUCCUGCUUCCGAAGGGGGUUCAACAAUUUUAAAUGAUGAAAGUUAAUCUUUUACAAGCGAUUUUCUGAGCUCUAGUUUGCCAUGUCUUUGCUUUAAUCUAUCUACAAAGAAACGGAAGCCUGACUUCCUGUUUAGACCUUCCCAACUAUACCCAACUGGACUAUACCAACAUCAUAAUGAUGGGCGAUAUGAAUGGGGUGGUUUCUACUCACAUGGAUAAGUCACAAAAUCAAAAUUUAACUAAAGACGGCAGACUACCUAAAACCUUCUUUGAACUAACUGAUAACAUGGACUUGAUUGAUAUUUGGAGGACAAGGAACCCCUAGGUAAAGAAGGAACAUUCUUUUCUGAGGCCCACCUAUCAUGGACAAGAAUCGACCAAAUAUGGACAACUAGAGGACUGGCACCUAAGAUCAGAAAAGUGGAAAUCUGUCCAAAGACUUGCUCCGACCAUAAUGCUUUGAAAGUAGAAUUGAGACUUACUCCAACCGGUUCUUUCAGAUGGAAAAUGAAUGACACCCUACUAAGAGAUCAGGAGAUUGUGAAGAAGGCCCAAAAAACCUUAAAGGACUACUUUGAAAUCAAUUUGAACACUUCGGUGGAAAAGAGAACAAUCUGGGACGCAAGUAAAGCUGUAAUGAGGGGUUUCUGAUACAACAGAACACAAUCAAGAAAAAACUUUGGAAUGGGAAAAAAGACAGGAUAUUAGAGAAGAUAAGAGAAGGAGAGAAAAAUUGAGAUUAAAACCAAAAUCAAAAGAGGUUCUAAGAGAAAUCAAAUUCCACCAAGCUCAAUAUGCGAAAUUGAUAAAUCAAGAAGUGGAAUGGAAAAUCAAACAAAUGAAACAAAGAUCAUUUGAAUCGGCAAAUAAAUGUGGAAAACUGCUAGCAUGGCAGUUGAAAAGAGACAAAAAUUGAACUUUGUCACUAAUCUAGAGGUGGAAGGGAGAAACAUUCAGAAACCAGAAGAAAUUAGAAAGUGUUUCCAGAAAUAUUUCAAAAACUUUAUACUCAAGGGCCUCAGGAAGUGUCUGAGAUAGAUCAAUUUUUAAAAGUUAACGGUCUAUCCAAACUAUCUCAGGAGAAGAGGACAAUCUUAAAUAAUAGAAUAACACGACAGGAAAUAGAGGGUGCCAUUCAGAAUAUGCAACUAGGCAAAUCUCCAGGCCCAGAUGGACUUACCUCCAAGUACUAUAAGACACUAAAAGACUAUUUGAUACAACCACUAAUGGAGGUCUGUAACCAGAUUAUGGAGGGGAGGAGGGCACCGGAAACGUGGAAAGAAGCUUUCAUCACAUUGAUUCCUAAAUUGGAAUCUGAAAAGACUCAGCUUAAGAACUACCGUCCCAUCUCACUCCUAAAUGUGGAUUACAAAAUUUUUGCUGAUAUUUUGGCGAGCAGACUUAAAAAAUACUUAACGAAGUAAUUCAUAAGGACCAGGCAGGCUUUCUCCCAGGGAGACAUCUUUUGAUAAUACCAGGAACAUUAUUGAUAUUUUGGAACUUUUACAAACUAAUAUCAAUACGAAAGCUGUGUUAAUUUUCAUCGAUGCGGAGAAGGCCUUUGAUAAUAUUUCUUGGAUAUUUAUGAAGAGAAACCUGGAAGGGAUGGGAGUGGGACGGGGGUUUGAAAAUGGAAUAGAAGCAAUUUAUUCUGAGCAAAAGCUAAACUGAUAGUGAACAAUGUGGUGACAGAUGAGUUCAAAAUUGAAAAAGGGACACGACAAGGGUGCCCCUAUCCCCUCUUUUAUUUAUUUCAGUCCUGGAGGUGUUACUGAACAUGAUUAGGAAGGACCGGUUGAUACAAGGAAUACAGGUCGGAGUGAAACAAUAUAAAUUGAAAGCUUUUGCAGAUGAUUUGGUUUUAACAUUACAGGAGCCAGAAUCUAGUACAAAAAGAGUAUUAGAAUUGAUUCAUGAGUUUGGUCGGGUGGCGGGAUUUAAGUUGAAUAAGCAAAAACUAAGGUUUUGGGGAAAAACUUGACACCCUCAGAAAUAGAUGGGUUUCAGAAGGAAACAGAACUAAGUGUGGUAAAAAAAGUAAAAUACCUAGGGGUUCACUUGUCAGCGAAAAAUUUGAAUCUAUUUAAAGACAACUAUGAAAAAUGUUGGCUGGAAAUCAAAAAGAUUUGGAAAUCUGGUCAAGAUUGAAACUUUCCUUGUUAGGUCGAAUUGCAGCUAUAAAAAUGAAUGUAUUGCCGAAAAUGUUAUUUUUGUUUCAAACCCUACAGAUUGUGGACAGAGUGGAAUGUUUUGGAAAGUGGCAGAAGGAUAUAUCUAAGUUUGUUUGGCAGGGCAAAAAGCCCCGGAUAAAGUUUAAAAUACUAACUGAUUUGAAAGAAAGAGGGGGGUUUGCCCUGCCGGACUUGAGAAUAUAUUAUGAAGCUGCGGCCUUCUGCUGGAUGAAAGAUUGGUUACUUCUUGAGAACACUGAUGUUCUAGAUCUGGAAGGGUUUGAUAAUGCUUUUGGCUGGCAUGCAUAUUUGUGGUACGACAAGGUAAAGGUUCAUAAAAUGUUCAAAAAUCAUAUUGUUAGAAAAUCAAUAUUUAUGGUCUGGACAAAAUACAAGGACUUAUUAGAGGGUAAGACUCCGAGGUGGCUUUCACCAGCAGAGGCCAAGGCCCGGAAAAACCUAAUAUGGAGGUUGGUUGGCUGAAAUAUGGGAAAUUAUAGAAAAGUAGGAGAAACUUGGAGGCUGCAGAGUUAUGAAAAAUUAAAGAAUAAGGUGCAAAAUUGGCUUCACUAUGCUCAAAUUCAAGAGGUUUUCAAGUUGGACAAAGAAUAGGUUUCCAGGUGGAAAAAUCGAAACUAGAGACAGAAUUGUUGGAACCAAAGACCAAGGUACUUUCGAGAAUGUAUAUCUUGCUGCUUAAAUGGAACACUCAGGAUGAGACAGUCAAAUCAGCCAUGAUAAAAUGGGCUCAGGACAUUGGGUACAACAUUAUGUUUGAAGACUGGGAAAGGUUAUGGACCACUGGUAUGAAAUUCACGGCAUGUAAUGCCUUGAAAGAGAAUAUUAUGAAAAUGAUAUACAGGUGGUACAUGACCCCAGUCAAGCUAGCUAAGAUAUAUCAUUUGUCUGAUAAUAAAUGUUGGAAAUGUAAGGAGGCUGAAGGGACAUUCUUUCACCUCUGGUGGACUUGCCCAAAAGUGAAGGCCUUCUGGGAAAUGAUCUAUAAUGAGUUAAAAAAGUGUUUAAGUACACUUUUCCCAAGAAACCAGAGGCCUUCCUACUGGGCAUUGUCGGUCAGAAGGUGUUAAAGAAGGAUAGAACCUUUUUAUGUAUGCAACUACAGCAGCAAGAAUUCUUAUCGCAAAACACUGGAAGACUCAAGAUUUACCCACACUGGAAGAGUGGCAGACGCAAUUGAUGGGCUACAUGGAAUUGGCUGAGAUGACUGCCAGGAUCCGAGAUUUGGAGGAAGAAGCAAUGGAGGAGGAUUGGAAAAAAUUUAAAGAUUAUUUACAAAAAUUUUAUAAGUUAUAUGAAUGUUAAGAAUUCGCAUGAUUAGGAAAUUCAGCUCCAGCAAUAAGAUUAAGGUAUGGGAAACUAAGCUAUUUUAAUGAAAAGACUAACGUUUAAAAGAACAUUAUAUAUAUUAUUAGUGCAAAUUGACAAUAAGCAUUUUAAACGUAAAUCACAAGUAUUUGAAAGAACAAAAGAAUGCACGAAAUAAGGUUAUAAUUUGCUGAAAAAUUUUAUUGUAAAGAACGCAAGGUGAGGGGGACGGGUAAGUCCGGUUGGUUAUGGAAAAAUGCUUUGAAAAGAUGAUUUUCUUCUUUUUCUUUCUUUUUUCUGUUAUUUCUUUGUACAUCUGACCUUGUAUUUCUAUCUGGAAAAAUGCAAUAAAAAAUAUUAUAAAAAAAAAAAAAAAAUGUUUAGACCUUCCCGUUUCAGUGCCAAAUUGAGGUAAACUUUUAAGUCCAAUUUUCCUUUCUGCUCACAAGUCCUUAUUUAAAGUCCAAUUGUCUGAGUUUAAGUACUCUCGGGUGAUUAUUUUAGAAGCCAAAUUGUCCCAGGAAAAAGGCAGCGCUCUCCGACAACGGCUGUGCGGCUUCGCUCCACGGAAGAAGCAGUUGACUCUCAGCACCGCGCCACUUCCCCCUCUUCGCUCCGGAGCCCCUUAGUGGGUUCUUUUGCGGGUUGGGGGGGCGCUAAAGGUGCCCACCAAGUCCCAUGGUCACAGGCUUCAUCCGCCUGUGAUUUUGAAAGGGUCCCCGCUUCGCCGUAGCGGAAAAGACCCGUUUCGCGUGGAGCUAGUCCCUCCAGAUCAGAGGGAGUCCGCCAUUGCCGAUGGCGCCACCCCGGAAGUCUCGAUCUCUCACUCACUUCCUUUCACACCCUUCAAUGUAAGAAGCCAUAUCUGUUCAAUUUCUCUCUGUGUCUCUUCCAUAACGUAAGUUCAGUUUGCUACUUCUUCAAUUUGCUUUGCUGCUAUUUUUAAAAAGCCAUCAUGAACAUUUGUUACAAUUUGUGUUUUAAUUAAAACAUUAUUUUAAUUAAAUGUAAAUUUAAUUAAAAUAUUGACAUAAAAUUUCAAUAUUUUGCCUAUUGUCUUCGUUUCUUUGCAGACAGUUUAAUAUAAUGCAUUCUUGUAUGUUGUUUUCAUUUUCCAUAUAUAUAUAUAUGGAUUGGAGAACUGGAUUGUUGGAGAACUGGAUUGUAAAAUUCAGGGGAGAAAGUAGAUUUUGUAGGAUUCGAUUACGGUGUAUUCUUUGAGGAGAUGCAGAUUUCUCCCCAUCCUUAGUCUUUGGAGUCUUGCAGUACAGGAGUCACAGCAGCUCACAAGAAUAUAUUUUCUCUUUCUUUCUUUCUUUCUUUCUUUCUUUCUUUCUUUCUUUCUUUCUUUCUUUCUCUCUCUCUCUCUCUCUCUCUCCCUUCCUCCCUUCCUUCCUUCCUUCCUUCCUUCCUUCCUUCCUUCCUUCCAGCUUCCUGAUUGGCGAGGAUGGGCUUGUGUAUGAAGGGCGCGGUUGGCGCAAUGUUGGAUCUCACACCUACGGCUACAACGAUUUGUCCCUCGGCAUCGCUUUCAUUGGCACCUUCGUAGGUGAGUAGAUCCAUGCCUUAGGAGACCUUUAACCGAGUCAGAUCAUUGGCUCAUCUAACUCAGUAUUUCCCACACCGACUGGUUUCAGAGAACGGUCUUUCCCCAGCCCUACCUGGAGAUGCUGGGGAUUGAACCUGGAACCUUCUGCAAGCAAAGCAGGUGCUCUACCACUGAGCUAUGGCCUCAUGCCUAGAAACGAAGAUUCCAGUCCCCAUGGUGAUGGAUCAAGGGGUAACUUUAAGAGGAACAGAGGAAUCUAUAUCUAUCUAUCUAUCUAUCAUCAUCUCAUCUAUCUAUCUAUCUCCACCCCCAUCGUUUUGCCCGCACACUGGGGUCCAGUGCCAAGGGCCUUCUGGCGGUUCCCUCGCUGCAAGAAGUGAGGUUACAGGGAACCAGGCAGAGGGCCUUCUCGGUAGUGGCUCCCGCCCUGUGGAACGCCCUCCCAUCAGAUGUCAAAGAGAAAAACAACUACCAGACUUUUAGAAGACAUCUGAAGGCAGCCCUGUUUAGGGAAGCUUUUAAUGUUUAAUAGAUUAUUGUAUUUUAAUAUUCUGUUGAAAGCCUCCCAGAGUGGCUGGAGAAACCGAGCCAUAUGGGCGGGAAAUAAAUAAAUAAAUAAAUAAAUUAUUAUUAUUAUUAUUAUUUAACCAGUGAUUUUUUUCUGGGGGAAUCUAAGUCUGGCCUCAGUGAGGGGCAGUAUUUCAAUAUGAGUAGGAAAAGGAGCGUACCCCUAAACAUUUUUUUAAUAGAAAAAAGCGCUCUCUCUCUCUCUCUCUCUCUCUCUCUCUCUCUCAUUUCACCCUCCCUUCCUCUGAUCAGCACCUUGAUGAUACAGGGGAUUAGAGCCAAAACUAUAGGGUCCCUAUUUAUUUCUUUAUUUGAUCUCUAUACCACCUGUCAUCUGAGGAUCACAUGGUGGUUUAAAAUAUAUAAAAAAUAGGAAAACAUAACAUAGUAACAAACAAAAACAAUGCCCCUCCCCAUAGUUUAAAAGGCUGUAGAUUGUUGAAUUAGUCAAAGGCAUGGGAAAAGGAGAAUGUUUUCAUUUGGCAUCUAAAGAUAUGUAAUGAAGGCUCCAGGUGAGCCUCCUUGGGAAGAUCAUUCCACAGAUGGGGAGCCACCGCAGAAAAGGCCCCGUUCUCAUGUUGCCACCCUCUGGAUCUCUCAUGGAGGAGGCACACGAAAAAAGGGCUUUGGGUGAUAUCCCAAGUCCAGAACCAUCUCAUAGUUUCUGGCAUCCUCUCCUUGUUUACUGUUCCAUUACAUGGGAGCUCAGUGAGUGGCAGAGGCGUCAGUUUAUGAGGGUCAUGUCUCAUGUGUGACGUCAGGAGGAGCUGGGAGUGGAGAAGGAGCUGACCGCUGGAGGCAUGCUAUGCUCAGCUUUGUGCUUUGGCCCUGCACUUUUGGGAUAUCUGUGACUGUAAUAAUAAAAUUUUGGUCUGUGACUGUAAUAAUAAAAUUCUAGUCUAGUCUAUGUUUUACCCCUGUUGGAGGCUGUAAGCUUCUCAAAACCAGAUGCUGGGAAUCUAGAAUCGGGGGAGUUGCUGUUGUCCUGCUUGCAGGCUUCCCAUGGAAGCAUCUGGGUGGCCACUGUGGGAACAGGAUGCUGGACUAGAUGGGGCCAUUGGGUCGAUCCAGCAGCCAGGCUUAUGUUCGCUCAUGAUCUUACCCUUUGGACUGCAUGCUUUGUCUGGGAUGGUGCAGAGGCAUCUCUGGAUGAAUGCCACUCUUGGGAGGUUCUCAAGGGAACACAGUUUGCAUUGUCCUGAAGGGGAGGGUGUUGGUCCUCUGAAGUCAAAGGUUGCUCUGUGAUACAUUCCUAAAUUACGCCUGGAGGUGUGUGAAAGAGUCAGCUUGCUACAGAGCAAUCUUUCAGAAGUGAAUGUUCUCCAGUUUUUGUUUCACAUAAGAAACUGAAGUACAGCGGUACCUCGGAUUAAGAACUUAAUUUGUUCUGGAGGUCUGCUUUUAACCUGAAACUGUUCUUAACCUGAAGCACCACUUUAGCUAAUGGGGCCUCCCGCUGCCGCUGCGCUGCCGGAGCACGAUUUCUGUUCUCAUCCUGAAGCAAAGCUCUUAACCCAAGGUAAUAUUUCUGGGUUAGCAGAGUCUGUAACCUGAAGCAUAUGUAACCUGAAGUGUAUGUAACCUGAAGCGUAUGUAACCCGAGGUACCACUGUAUGCUUUGAUGCAACACCCCUGCUUUCCCCCACCUGCCCUCCAGGUGUGUGCUCUGAAAACAUGGCGCAUGGUCGAAGACAUUCUAGAAUGUUCUAGAGUGAUGAGUCCGUUCACAUAGAUCUAUUGAGUCCCUUUGUUGAAAAGGAGAUUAAGCAGAUUCAUGGAGAAUAAAGCUAUCAACAGCUAUGUCUUUGGUCUACCUCCGGUCAAUGGGAAACAAGAGUUGGAGAGAGCUAUAGCACUCAUUUUCAGCUUGUGGGCUAACCAGAGACGUCUGGCUAGCUACUGUGAAAUAGGAUGCUGGAAAAUGGACUUAGAACCUUGCUGGAUCAGACCAGUGGUUUCUCAGGGAAAUCUGGUUGGCCACUGUGAGAACAGAAUGCUGGUCCAGAUGGGCAUGUGGCCUAAUCCAGCGGACUCUUCUUAUGCUCUUAAAAAAAAUUGCAUAGCUAACGGGUGUGUUUGUAAAAACUCUGGAGUCUCAUGCCACACCAUCCUUUUCUCUUCUAGAGAGAUCUCCCAAUGAAGCAGCAUGGAAAGCUUUGAAGUGCCUGCUUGACUUCUCUGUCAAGGUCGGGUACCUCUCUCCAGAUUACCUCGUAGUAGCCCACAGCGACGUCAGUAAUCUUGUUUCUCCCGGAGAGCCGAUCCGUUCGGAAAUUUCCAAGUGGCCCAAUUACAGGCACAACUGA